AUGGAGAUAGAGCAGUGCCUGCUGGACUCUCUGCCCCUGGGCCAGAGGCAGCGGCUGGUGCGGCGGAUGCGCUGCGAUCAGAUCCGGGCGUACUACGAGCGCGAGCAGGCCCUGCCCCGGCCCCGGCCCAAACGCGGGCGGAGCCGCCGCGUCCGCUUCGGCCCGGACCGCGCCCUGCAGGACGCCAUCCUGCGCCAUGACGACCGCGAAGUGCUGAGUCUACUGAGGGAGGGCGCUGACCCCAAUACGCACACCCCCUCUGGAGGAUCCCUGCCAAAUACACGCACCCCCUCCGGAGGAUCGCUGCUGCAUCUGUGUGCUCGCCAUGACAACAGCUUUGCGGCGGAGCUGCUGAUUGGCUGCGGGCUGGCGGUGGACCUGCAGGAUGAGGACCUGUGGACCGCUCUGCACAUAGCAAGCAGCUGUGGCCACUCUGACAGCACCCUGCUACUGCUGCUGGCCGGGGCGGACGCACAGCUGCGGGAUGUGAACGGGAACACGCCGCUGGACUACGCUCCGGAAGGGUCCGAGACCCGGCUCAUCCUGCAGACCCACCUGGAGGAAAACGGCGUGGACGUAGGGGCUUUGCGGCGCGGGAAGGCGCAGAGGUCGGCCGCCAUGUUCUCAGACGUGCAGCGGCUGGUGGCGACGGGGGGAAGUGUGAACCAGAGCAACGGCGAUGGAGUCACUCUGCUGCAUAUAGCCUGUGCCAGUGGCUACAGGGACGUGGUCUCCCUCCUGCUAAAGAGUGGUGCUGACCCACAGCUGGCUGACGGCGCCUACUGGACCCCUCUACACCUGGCAGCUAAAUACGGACAGAGCGACGUCAUUGGUCAGCUGCUGGACCAGCACGCUAACCCCGCCCUCCUGACCCGCAGCCUGGACCGGCCCUCAGAUGUCGCCGCUACCGCUAAUAUCGCUAAAGUCCUGCGGAGGGCGGAGGAGAGCUGGGAGCUGCGGCAGGCGGACCCCUCCGCUCCCGCGAUGACCUCACUGCAGCUGUGCGAGGGGAUUUCCCAUGAUGCCCCAGCGCCGGCCAAACUACUCCCCCUCGCGGUCCCCAUCUCCAAGCGGGACAGCCUCCAGGAGAGGGAGACCAUGUUCCGGGACUUUCCAGGGGGCUCGGCCCGCGGCGGCUCCCAGGAGAACAGCGUCGACACCCUCCUCGCCUCCCGCGGCACCAAACCCGAGCAGGUGAGGCUUGUGCCCCCGGCCCCCAGCGAUGACCUGGCCUCCCUCAGCGAGCUGACGGACAGCAGCCUUCUCUACGAGAUGCAGAAGCGAUUCGGAAACGACCAGAUCUACACUUACAUCGGCCAUAUUCUUCUGCUGGUCAAUCCCCACAAGGAGUUGCCCAUUUAUUCAACACUGGUGAGUCAGUUGUACCUGAGCUCCAGUGGGCGUCUGUGCUCCUCUCUCCCUCCUCAUGUGUUCUCCUCGGCUGAGAGGGCGUUUCACAUGAUGCUGCAGGAGCGCCGGCCGCAGUGCUUCAUCCUGAGCGGGGAGAGUGGUUCGGGGAAGACAGAAGCCUGUAAGCACAUAGUGAAGCACCUGAUGGCUCGCUCCAGCCAUAAGACCUUCCCGCUAGAGGCGCGUAUGAAGAACGUCAACUGCAUCCUUGAAGCCUUCGGCCACGCCAAGACGGAAAUGAACGACAACUCCAGUCGGUUCAUAAAGUUCCUCUCCCUGCAGUACAGUGAGAAGAAGAGGACUUUAGUUGGAGCACGGGUGUACGCAUACAUGCUGGAGAAAUCACGUCUCACCUCCACACAAAACCAGCGCAACUUCAAAGUGUUCCACCUGAUGGCGGAGGGUAUGUUGUCAGAGGAGAAGGGUGGAAUGCACCUAAACAACAUGCUGACACACAGGUACCUGAGCGGGGGGGAGGCGGGAGAGGGGAGCGGAGCUCAGAGCAGAGAGAGGCUGACGGCACUGAGACAAGCCCUCCGAGCACUGGGCUUCAACAGCGUGGAAGUGGAGAACCUGUUUGUGAUUCUGUCCGCGAUCGUGCUCCUGGGAGACCUGCGCUUCGGAGCGAGCGCCGAGCAUGAGGCUGCCAGCGUGUCAGAUCCACAGCUGCUGGAGAAAGUGUCAGAGACGCUGCAGGUGACUCCGGAGGACCUGGGGUCCGUCCUGACGUCUGACGUCCAGUACUUCAAAGGUGAUGUCAUCACCAGGCGACACGGCGCGGACAUGGCGGGUCUGUGCAGGGAUUUGCUGGCGAAGUCCCUGUACGGGCGGGUCUUCAGCUACCUGGUCAACCACAUCAACUGCUACCUGCAGCAGGAGGGCACGGGCCUGGGGGAUCCUGAACUUGAGAUCGGAAUCCUGGACAUCUUCGGAUUCGAGGAAUUCCAGAGAAAUGGCUUUGAGCAGCUCUGCGUGAACAUGAGCAGCGAGAGGAUCCGUCAGUACGUCACAGACGCGCUGUUUCUGCAGGAGCAGGCUGACAGUCUGCACGAGGGAGUCGCUAUGGAAACUCUCCACUCUCCCGGCAACCAGCCCGCAGUGCUGGACUUCAUUUUCCAGGAGCCCCAGGGCCUGCUCCUGGUUCUGGAUGAGGAGAGCCGGGCCCAGCAGCCCUCUGAACAGAACCUCUACAAGAGGCUCCAGGCCCAGCUUGACGCGGCUAACGGCAACAGCAUCAAUGCCAUCUCCCUGACAACCAAGGAUGGCAACGGCAACCCCCCGCCUCAGGACCAGGGCCCAUCCUUCACCGUCAGUCACUACGCAGGCAAGGUAACCUAUGACCUCACCGGCUCGUUGGAGAGAAACAAGGAUGCUCUGCCUCAAAACAUCCUCUUUCUCAUGAAAUCCAGCGAAAACGUGCUCGUCCAUCAAGUGUUCCGGUCCAAACUGACCCAGACCGGUUCCCUGGUCCCGUCGCGACACCACCUCCGGCUCCGCGGGUUCCCCGAGGCUCCCAAACCCGCUCCCCUCCUGCCGUCCGCGGGCCAGGACCCAAAGAACGUUCUGGAUGUGAGGAAGAUUCUGCGGAAGGAGGGAGGCUCGUCCCUGGUGCGGGGGCAGAUGCGUUACGGACCUGCGACUGUGGCCGUUCAGCUCAGGAACUCUCUCUCCGAGAUCAGCGCCAAGCUGCGGGCCGGCACGCCUCACUUCCUGCAGUGCGUGAAGCCCAACGGCGCCAAGCGGCCCGACUGCUUCGAGCGGAGCCACGUGUCCGCCCAGCUGCAGUACGUGGGGGUGCUGGAGAUGGUGAGGAUGAUCCGGUACGGGUACCCCGUGCGGCUGCCUUUCGCCACGUUCCUGGCCCGGUACAGGGAGCUGGUGGAGAUGAUGUUGGGGGAGCAGAGGAGCCCCUCCCCUGAGGAGCAGUGUCAGCUCAUCCUGCAGAAAUGCCAGCUCCAGGGAUGGCAGAUGGGCGGGACGAAGGUGUUUCUGCGGUACUGGCAGGCGGACCACCUGAGUGACCGCUGCCACCAGCUACAGCGCAGGGUCGUCUGCUGCCAGAAAGUGGUCAGGGGCUGGCUGGUGAGGAGGCGUGGGCUCCACCAGCAGGAGGCCUGCAGUGUCCAGCGCUUCCUGCAGGGGGCAGAAGACCAGGGCCUGCAGGCCUACGACCGCCUGGUCAUCCAGAACGCCUCGGACAUCGCCCGCGAGAACGACCGCAAACGCAACGCGCUCAACGGCGUGCACGCCGGUGAGAGACCGGAACCCCUGGGCAAGGAGGACGAGCCAAUCAGCAGGGCCGUGGAGCCGAGCGGAAGGGCCCAGGAUGGCGGCCCCGGGGGGGGGCGGCUGAUCAGGCACUACCGCAGCAGCUCCGGGCCCCUCCCCCUCGCCCUGGAGAACUUGGUACAGUCCGCCGCCGCCGCCUCGUCAAUCAAGACGGCCCCCAGAGACCCGGCCAAUGAGGACGGAGGAGGGGGCAGCGGCCUGCCGUCGCCACGGAAACAGCCCCCGCCAAAGCCGAAGAGGGACCCCAACACCAGGCUCAGCGCCUCCUACGAGGCCGUCGCGGCCAGCCUCGCCCUGGGCCUGAAGGAGACCACCGUCGACGAGCUGUCCAAGCCCCGCCCACACAGCGAUGACUACAGCGCCCGGAAGGUCCCGCCCCCGAAGCCCAUCCGGAGCCCCAACACCAAGCUGACGGGCUCGUUCGAGGAGAUCUGCCCCCCGCGGCCCACCGACAUCAAGCUGUCCUGCGUCUCCAAGGCGGGGCCCAGCUCGGGGGCCAGCUCGGGGCCCAGCUCGGGGCCCCACUGCGCCGCUCUCAGCCUCUACCGCCCCCUGGAGGAGGACGCGGUGUACAUCGAGAUGGGGGCGAGCGCCAAGCCCGGCACCGCCGCCCUGGAGCCGGGCGAGGCCGUCUACGAGGAGAUGAAGUACUUCUCGCCAGAGGCCGUAACCGCGGCGACCAAGGCGUCGCUGGCCAAUCGCGCGGCCUCCUCUCCGCCCCAGACCCUGGAGAUCAGGAAGCCGUCCGAGCACCCCCCCGCCGUCCCGGGGGGCCGGGAGAUCCCGCCCCCGUUCCCCAACCUGCUGCCCCACCGGCCCCCGCUGCUGGUCUUCCCCCCGUCGCCCCCCGCCCGCUCCCCCACCUCCGACGAGUCGCCCCUCACCCCGCUGGAGGUGAAGAAGCUCCCGGUGCUGGACACCAGCCUGAGCUACCCCGCACAGAGCGAGGGCAGCAGCCCUCUGUCGCCCCAAUACGCCCGUCAGAGGGCCGACUCGUCCCCCAGCCUGUUCGCCUUCCUGCCCGACAAGUCCACCCCGCCCCUCACCCCUCCGCCCCCCGCCGCCCAGGCCCCGCCCCCGUACCGCCCGCCCUCGCACUUCCCCUUCCCGCCAGAGGGGGCGCUGCUGCUGACCCGCGGCGGCUCCCUGACCUGCGACUCGCCCCGUCUGUCGCAGAGGGGCCCCCAGGGCUCGGAGGAGGCCCCCGGCCGGCCCCCGUACUCCCCCGUGAAGGCGGGGCGCCCGGAGCCUCGCAGGGCGCACUCCUGCUGCUCGUCCCCGCUGCUGUUUAACCCCGCCUCCUCGCGCCCGCUCACCAGCCCGCUGGACGAGCUCACCACGCUCUUCAGCGCCGGCCGCACGCUGCUCCGCAAGUCCCCCGCCGGCCGCAAGCUCCGCGAGACCGGGUUCAACUCCAACAUCAACCUGUCGGGGCGUGACGAAUCUGGCAUGACCUCCCCCUCGCCCCAGCUCCAGGACAAGAACGCCAACAACCACUCCGCCCCCCACCACCACCCGCACCUCCACUACCCCCUGCUCCCCGAGAACGGCAACCAGCUCUCCAACGGUUCGCUGGACGAUGAGGGUCAUUCCAGGUCAAACGGCUCUGCGACUUCUUCCCUCCACAGGCACCUGGAUAGCCACCACAGCCAGGUGGCGCCGGUGUCCAGGCUGUCCCAGAAGAGCGCCGCCCUGCAGGAGCUCCUGGAGUGGCGCAGGACGGACUGGCAGCGGCUCCUCCGCGCGGUGGAGCGCCACCCCGCCUCCUCCCCUCCCCCGCUGCGCAAGAACAGCCCCGCCUCCCCCUGA